AGAUGUAAAAGUAUAUAGUGGGACCCAAUAUUGGAUUCAAAGAUUUAUGGAGUAAAUUACGGUGAGCAUUAGGCAUUUGAACAAAGAAGGAGAGGACGAAGUACAAAGCACAAAACACAAAGCACUAGGUGGGAAAUUGGAAAUAGAAAUAGGGAAUUACUCCACUAGUUAGAAGCUGGGCCUGAGAGAAUGUUUUGUCCAUAGUCCAUUAUUAUAAAGAGGUAAAGCACCACAGAAAGCAUCUACUCCUGCAUUUUACAGUACACCAGUCACCAGUCACCAGUCACCAGUCACCAGUCACCAGUCGGAGGACAACACAAACUAUUCAUUUUUUUGCAACAUUACUCCUUAUCUGCAGUCUCUCUAAUAUCCACCACAACCACAGGUCACUUAAUUUUUAUCUCUUCAAGAAGUAGUAACAUAAUUACUCGAGAGGGUAGUAUAAUUACAAAUUAGUAGCACGCACAUGCCCUUUACUGUAGCUAGCUGAGUGAAGGAGAAUGGGAAGAAGAGGUGCAGCCAUAGGAAUAGGAGUACUGCUGCUGUCAAUAAUAAUGAUAAGCGGAGUUAUAGGCGCAACGCCUAGGAAGCCCGUUGAUGUACCCUUUGGAAGGAAUUAUAUGCCGACUUGGGCCUUUGAUCAUAUCAAGUAUUUCAAUGGAGGCUAUCAGAUUCAACUUGUUCUUGAUAAAUACACUGGCACAGGGUUCCAAUCCAAAGGAUCUUACUUGUUUGGUCACUUUUGCAUGAAUAUCAAAUUGGUGGGAGGUGAUUCUGCCGGAACAGUCACUGCUUUCUAUCUCUCGUCACAAACGGCUGAGCAUGAUGAGAUAGAUUUUGAGUUCUUAGGCAACAGAAGUGGACAACCUUAUAUUCUACAAACCAACGUAUUCACUGGAGGUAAAGGAGACAGAGAACAGAGAAUUUAUCUUUGGUUUGAUCCUACCAAAGACUUCCAUAGCUAUUGUGUUUUAUGGAAUCUGUAUCAGAUCGUAUUUUAUGUGGACAACACACCAAUACGAGUGUUCAAAAACUGCAAGGAUUUAGGGGUAAAAUUCCCGUUUAACCAACCGAUGAAACUAUACUCAAGCUUGUGGAACGCAGACGAUUGGGCGACAAGAGGUGGGCUUGAGAAAACAGAUUGGUCAAAAGCUCCUUUUGUGGCUUCUUAUAAAGGAUUUCAUGUGGAUGGUUGUGAAGCUUCUGUUGAAGCCAAAUUUUGUGGUACUCAAGGUAAAAGAUGGUGGGACCAAAAACAAUUUCAAGAUCUUGAUUCUUACCAAUAUAGGAGAUUGAGGUGGGUUCGUACUAAGUUUACCAUCUACAAUUACUGUAAAGACAGAGUUAGAUUUCCUGCCAUUCCUCCUGAAUGUUCAAGAGAUCAUGAUAUGUCUUAAAUCAAUAGCAACCAUUGUUUUUUCUGUUCUUUAUGUUCAACUAUUAUUAUUAUUAUUAUUAUUAUUAUUAUUAUUAUUAUUAUUAUUAUGGAAUUACAACCAUGUAGUCAAGUUGUAAUGUUUUGAUACCUUAUGCGUGUAAAACUACUCCUAUCUUAAUUCUUAUGAAUAUUAUUAUUGUAGUUUUGGUGUGACUUUGAAUAUACUAAUGGCGUAUGAUGAGGUUGGUGGUGUG